AGUCUCUGCCCUCAGCGACGAACCUCCAUUCGUGAAACAUGCGGAAGCAGACGUGUCCGCGGAAAACACAGAGGACUCGUCCGUUGAUUUUUCUACAACAUGCCCGGUCUUCGAGAAGACUGGAGAGUGCGGACACGGUCUCAGAUGCCGCUACCUCGGCGGACACGUCAGGAAAAGGGACGACAAAGAAAGCAAGAAACAUUGUUGCGGAGACUGAGCUUAACUUUGUGACGGGCGACACCCUAAAACAAAUCCGUUCAAAGAAGUUCCCUCAUCCCAUUGCAGAUGCUUGUCUUAAAGAGCUGCAAGAAGCACAGAAUGAGGGGAAUGGCGCGAAGUUUGAAAAACCAGCUCUUGCCGAGACUGCCGAGGCCGGCACAGAAACCUCUGAGCCUACCCAGGAUGCUUCCCACCCGGAGUCUACAUCCAAGCCUAGUGAGAACAGCGAAGGCUUGUCCCAGGCAGAUACGCCUGAUGUCCCCCUCAGAGCUGCUGAAAAGAAGCGGCUACACUGGAAGGGAAAGACAUAUCUCGCUCCGCUCACCACCGUAGGAAAUUUGCCUUUCCGCAGGUUAUGUGUGGACUAUGGUGCUGACAUCACGUGCGGAGAGAUGGGUUUGGCGAACUCGUUCCUCCAGGGCUCGAAGGAGGAAUACUCUCUUAUUCGGCGACAUCCGGAAGAGAGGACGUUUGGCAUCCAAGUGGCGGGCAGCAAACCUCAGCUACUCGUGCCAGCAGCGGAGAUUCUGGGAAAGGUAUGCGAAGGCAACCUCGACUUCGUUGACCUCAACUGCGGAUGUCCGAUCGACUUGGUCUACAAGACCGGCAGUGGAUCAGCUCGUAUGUCAUCUUACCUCACUUUGGUCGGCGAGCGAGCGAGGACAGCGUCUAACAGAGGCGUUGGAGGCAAAUGA